AUAAUUAAACGUGUAUUUUUCCUGAAGUGUUUUAUUGGGAAAUCUUCAGCCGGAAGCAGGCAGUGUGUGUGUGUCCGCAGUGUGACAGCUGUGUGUGUGUAUAUGUGUGUGCGUGUAUAUGUGUGUGUGUGUGUGUGUGAGGACAGGAGCCGUCAUGUCGCUGCGGUUUACAGACGAGGACUUUGAGAGCGCGUGGGGGGAGCUGGACGAGCCACAUCUGGAUGGAGGAUGGGAGCUCUUCACCGAGACGAUGGGAGUCAAAAUCUACAGGCUCUUCGACAAGGAAACUGGACUUUACGAGUACAAAAUCUUCGGUGUGCUCGCCUCUUGCCCUGCAGAGCUGUGUGCAGAUGUCUACAUGGACCUGGCUUAUCGGAAACACUGGGACGGAUAUGUGAAAGAGCUUCAUGAGAUGGAGUCCGAUGGACAGAAGUCGAUCUACUGGCAGGUGAAAUACCCGUUCCCUCUGUCGAACAGAGACUAUGUGUACAUGAGGGAGCGCAGAGAUCUGGUGGUGGGUGACAGGAAGAUCUGGGUGAUCCUGGCCCGAAGCUGCACGGAGACUGCGUGUGAAGAGAAGGGCGGCGUGCUGAGGGUGAAGGACUACAAGCAGAGCGUUGCCAUGGAGAGCGACGGCGCCUCUGGAACUAAAGUUUUCAUGAACUACUUCGACAACCCUGGCGGUAUGAUUCCUACCUGGCUGGUGAACUGGGCAGCGAAGAGCGGCGUUCCAGGUUUCUUGACGGACAUGCAGAAGGCCUGCAACAACUACAAGAGCUACUGCCAGAAGAAAUGAAGGCAAACAACAACAGGAGAGACACUACUAGCUCGUAUUUAAAGGGCUUUUGACAAAUAGUGUUUUUAUUGUGUUAGUUUUUUGGGGUUAUGAUUUAAAUUGGGAGCGAAUGCAGCAUGACUCAAAACUGCUGCUGCUGCUGCUACUUCUCGUUGAAGCAUGCUAUCGGCUCAGAUGUGUUGCAUGACCGGCCGCCCUCAUUAAAAAAGGCUGGUGUGAAAUCAAUUCUGUUCCAUUGUGAGCUAUUAACGAAUACGGCAUUGUCUUUUCCUGUGCAAUCACUGUUAAACUCCAGGGUUACGUUGGUAUUAGGGGUUGGGUUCCUGGAAUACUUUAAAAAGUAGAUUUUAUUGUAUUAUUUUAGGUUUUACAUGAUAAAACAAUGAUUAAUUAAAGUUACAGGUCCUGUGAUUAUCUAUCCUCAUUACAGUUACUGACUUUUCCUUGUUAAAUAGUGCAGAUGCAAUGUUUGAACUUCAAUUUCAUCGUCCGUAUUUCAAUUCACUGGGCAUCUCUCGUUACCUUGACCUGCAAAUGACAAAUCUAUACUUUCAAAAAGGAGUGUUGAAUCACAGUUUGGUUUGUGUUUUAUGUCAAAGAAUCGAUUACUUAUGCAAAUAUUCAUGUUUUAAUCCUCUAUGCUGAUUUUUCAUGGGUGUAUAUGAUCAAAAAUGACAGUAUGUGAGAUAAUACUGUUUACUGCAUUCAGGCUGUAAUUUGCUGUCAACCUGCUGAUACAGGUAAAUACGGAUUUGAUCUGGUUAAAAAUUGCCUAUU